CGCCUCAUCUUUUACAUUCUUCAGCGCAUCACCUCAAUCCUUAGCAUCAUCAUCUACUCACUUCUUUGAUUUUAGAAGAAAGAAAGAGAGAUGGGGCAGAGAAAGUGUGGAAUUUGCGAAGAAGCUCAGUUUAAAUACAAAUGCCCAAUCUGUGUCAUGCCCUACUGUUCGUUGGCGUGUUUCAAGAAGCACAAAGAAAUUCCUUGUGAAAAGCCGAUAUCUUCUUCAGAAGGAAAUUUGGAAAUUCCUUGUGAAAAGCCGAUAUCUUCUUCAGAAGGAAAUUUGGCUUUCGUACCACCAUUGCAUGUUGGCAAACCAAUGUAUGUCGACAAGCCAAGGGAGGAGCUAAAUCAGUCACAACUUGAGUCUAUUGCUUCAUCGAGUGAAAUAUGUGAGGCAUUAAGGAGCGAGGAGCUUCGGAAACUUAUAUGCAAUAUAGAUUCUUCCCCUGAGGCUGAGAAUGAACUUGAAAAAGCCAUGAAGAAGGAAGAAUUUUAUGUACUCACUCAGAAGAUAUUAUCCAUCAUUAAUCAUUGAGGAAUGAGGAUCAUUUCUUAAGCAUGUCCCGGAUUGUAUACUAAGGUGCAAGACCGAAGCUGUUUUUUUUAUUGUUCAAAAAAUGAGUGUUGAUUAUAUUAAUGUGAUAGCUCUUAUUUUAAGGAUGUUAUAUCCUUGAUUGAGGAAUAGUGUAGGCUAGACUCUCGUAUAUAGUGGGUGUUUCUCUGUGCUUAGAAGCUAGUCAAAACUGUUAUAAAUUGUUUUUAAUUUA